CCAAGUGAAAAGUGCGACAAACCAGCAACUGUGCUGGUGUGCACGCACUUGGCCAGUUUCACCGGAAGUACACUUUAAUCCCGGGGCCCGAAUAUCCCGUGUGUCGUCCUGAUUGAGGUUCUCGGCGGUGACUUUGCAUGUGGCAACAACCGCCAUCGUGUCAAAGCGAUUCGUUGUGGUCCAAUCCUCAGUGUCCUUAGUGUGUGACUGUGUGCUGUAAGUGCCUAGCCUGUAGGCAGCUAGCGGCCUCAGCUUUUCCGAGUCCGGCCAACUUUUCUUUUUCCCCGGGGGCCAGUCCUGAAGUUAGCUUCUAGUUUCGACCAUAUCGAGCACAUAAACCGUACGCACAACAGCUCCACAGCUCCCAGAGCCACAGGGACACGAUGGGAUGUGUGAAAGGGUGAACAGCGGGAAGCGAGAAGGGUCGUGAUUCCUUCCGGACACUCGCGGAUAUAAGCGUGGUUCACAUGAGUGAGCGAGAUUGCGUGCAGCAAAUCCGUACGAAAUCAUUGCCUUGGCCGAGGCUGUAUUACUGAUUUGCAAUACGUGUUAAAGCGACAAGAGCUCCAGAAGAUUACUUUUGCUGUGAAAAUUCAUUCUUUUCGGCUCGUCACGAGACGAGUUACUGUGAAAACGCUUAAUUUGGAAGGAAUGACAACAGGGAUACAUUGAGCGAAUUGUGUGGAAAGUAGGGGUUUGGUGGAAAAUCUACCCCGUUUUUCCUGUGGUGCACCCGAAGCAGCCGAAUGCAACGGCACAGCACAGCAGACGUGCAUGCGAGUGUUGGUGAGUGCAUGGUGCGCGGUGUCGCUUCAUCGCCGAGGAAGGAUCUUUGUGCGCCGCCAAGGUGAAUCGAUUGUGUACGUUUUGAUGUUGCUCCGCACUCCGACGUUAUGUCGAGUGCCGCGUGAAUUCACAAUUAUGUGGGUUAAUGGAAAGGGCUGCAGUAAUCAUAAUUAUAGCACAACACCCUCGUCCUCGUCGUCGUCGUUGUCGUCGCUAGCGCUCAUGCAAAUCAGUGCAAACUGCUCGUGGCGUCAGUAACGCCGGUGGCCUGUAGCUUAUCCAACGAGUGGUAUCCCGGAGACAGAAACACGGUGACAGAGGAGCAGCGUGACUCACUCGUGGUUGCGAAUCAAUAUGUGCCGCUGUAGCAAGGCCAGGUGAAAACCGCAACAAGCCGCCAGAAAAGUGACAGGGCUGUAACCGGCAACACAAACGCGGCGCGGCUGCAGCACUCGACGUUUUGAUCGAUCCGUUCGGCAAAGGGGAUCCAAUCCACCCGGUGGACUCGACGCACAGCACAGCGGCUAUUUGGAACUCGGUAGCGCAGUUCAGUCCAGCGCCAGGAUGCAAUUUGGCUGGGCGUACGAUGGAGUUAACGGUUCAGUGCCCCGAAAUACCGGUCCGGAGUGUGCGGAGUAUCUUACGCCGGGCCGGAAGCUGAUCGAAACCAUCAUCAUCGUGCCAUUGUGCAUGCUCGCGAUCAAAUGGUCAGUGAGUCGGUUAAAACCGAUCACCUGGCGCCAGGCGCCCGAGCGCUCCACCGCCAGCAACGCAGCAGCCCCGGGUGCCCUUCUGAACGUGAACCGACCGCUCAGUAGCAGCAACCACAAUCUGCACCAUCUGCACUAUCAGCGCCAUGCGGAACCGGAACUACGGGAUCUGCUGCUACCACAUCACCGGGAGCGAUCGUUUUCGUCCGCCUCGAUUGCGAGUGGUACGGCGGAAGAGUACUGCUGCCAUCGAUGUUGCCAGACGGGUUCGGUGGCCGGUGGGCGGGCCUCCGGUCUCCAGCCCGGUGAUACCCUGGCGCCCAGCUGGGGCAAACAAUUCCUUCUCGUUACUAUGACACUCACGUUGGGCGUUGAGAUAGGCUUUAAAUUUGCAACUAGGACUGUUAUCUACAUUUUAAAUCCCUGUCACAUAACCACUGUUAUACAGAUUUAUCUGCUGGCCUGCAACAAGCCAACCAAGAGCUCAACCGUACUAUUUCGGCUGCAGAUGAACUACUUGAACGGGCCACUUUUGGCGUUCAUGUUUCCGGAGACGGACAGCCGGCAGCUGGCGCUCGAGGCAUCCCUCUACUGGAUUCAGCAUGCACUCAUGGUGAUAAUACCGAUAUACUUACUCAAGACCGGUGGUGUCUACAAUAUGGAAGCUUUAAAUGAUUUCACAUGGAACGUUAUUGGUUACGCCGCUCUCAUCAUCUACCAUUUCGGUGUUCUACAGAUUGCGGCCACGCCGGUCCAAGUGAACCUCAACCAUAUGCUCUGCCCAGCAUUGAAGGACCCUUUCCAAGGCCCCCACUACCGUGUCUGGGCGGUGUUUCACGAAGCCAUCCUGUGCACGCUGCUGUGCAAGCUAGUCACCUUUCUGUUCAGUCCGCUACCAGUGCCACUCGUCACCAAUCCACCCUUCAUCAAGAACGGCACGCCGGGCGAUGUGACGCCCAACAUUCCUGCGGCCAGCCUGGCUUCGUCUACCUCGCUACCACCGCACCUGAUCUCAUCGUCCCGUCCAUCGUCACGAUCGUCAUCGCCGGCCAAAUCCGCCUCCAUGCUGCAAGAGAACAACAUAAUCAUCAAAACGAGCAAGAUCGACUAGUGGUUCACUGCGGCGUACCGAUAUGCUGGCCUUUGAUACCUGUGCAAGGCCAAGGACUGGGACAGCUGAGACAACCCAGUUGAGCCCAGGAAGACAAAGUAAAAAAGGGCUGGCAUCAAAUAUAUGGCAAUAUGCGUGCGAUAGACACUCUUUGAAUACUACUUUUACCGCAGAACUGCGAUACUCUGUUUUCAAUUUCACACUGCGGCUAUAUCUUUGUUUAUGUUUCCCUUCUUAAACAGAACCAAAAACCAUUAUAGUCAAACGUUACAUUCAAUUUCAACUUUAGUAAAGAUUGAGAAGGUUGAUUGUAUUGUUCUAUGAACUUUUGUCUGUCGAACUAUGUUUAAACUUGGUAAAGUAGCAUUUCAAAGUUGUACCAAAUCAAAAAUCGCACGAGUUUAGUGCCCACAUCCAUUCAACCAUUGAGUAGCGCCUAGCAGGUUCAUUCAUCAUAUCAUGUUCAUAGAACAAAAACACUUCGGCCCCCAAAACCAGAACUACCGACACUAACCGUCGCCACUGCUGCUGGGUGAUUGGCUAGGCUUUGUUUUAAAAAGAAUCUAUAAAAUGGAAUGAAAAAAGGAGAGUAAAUGAAAUGAAAUAAAACCGCAUCGAUCGCCUUUCGUAUGGAAACACA